AUGCGACCAGAAUCCUUACUUAGUGACUAUGACGAGAGGCAACCUCGCAUCGAGGCCAACGCGAACAACAUCAAACAGGAUGCGAUCGAUUGCGGCGUGACGGCGUGCGGAUGGUGCAGUGGCCCAGGAUGUUUGCGACUCGGAACUUCCACCGGUUUCGUUGUGGUGCUUUCGUUGGUGGCUUUCGUGAGCGGUGGCAUCGAGAGCUACUUCCGGCUCGCGGCACACCAGGCCGCCAGUGAGCUAGACUUCGAUCCGAUCGUGCUCGACUGGCUGCUGGUGACGGCCGGCAUCGCCCAGGGUGUGUGCGCGCUGCUGGUCAGCUACUGGGGGAACCGGCUGCACCGUAUUUCGUGGCUCGGAGGAAUCUUCAUGCUACAGGCGAUCAGCUUGAUCAUUCUGAUCAUACCGACGUUGACACACAACUCGGAUGAAAGCAAUACCAUCGAGGCGCCCAGUAUGGACAAAACGUGCGCGUUGGAGCAAUCGGCCCGGCUGGAAACGGAUCGACCGUACGCCAUAACGACGCUGGUGCUCAUGUUUAUCGCGCAGGUGCUGAUCGGCAUGGCGAAUGUCGCCAUCUACGCGCUGGGCAUCAGCUACUUGGACGACAACGUACGGGAGCACCAUAGCCCUAGUUUGAUCGGUUGUGUGAUAGGGGCCCGGAUUUGGGGCGCACAGCUGGGAUUGGCCGUUGGUCUGGUGGUGGGUGCCACCCCGCUCGGCUGGUGGCUCGGUUGGACCAUCGUGGGACCGUUGACGUUCCUGCUCGGUUUCAUCAUCUCGCUGUUCCCGCGGCGGCUGCUCUCGACGAUGGUACGACUGGCGGCGAACGAAAUCGUCGAGACGGCCACCAACAACAGCAUGCAAUCGCUCGCCACCGUCGACAAGUGGCUGGCGGACAUCAGCCUGUGGGCCACGCUGCGGCGCGUGUUCUCCAACAAGGUGCUGCUGUGCAAUGUGCUCGCCCUGGUGUUUAUCAAGACGGGCGUGCUGAACUUCCACGCGCACGAGCAGUCCUACCUGCAGUCGCGAUUCUUCCUGCCAACCUCCUCUGCCGACGGCAUCAACGACGAGUGGACCUCGCGGCUGAUCACCAACCUGCUGAAGCCGUUUGCGGCCGCCGUCGGUGUGGUUGUUGCGGCGCUCGUCAUUGCCAAAGCUAAUCCAUCGGCCAGGAAACUAGCCGGUUGGAACAUUUUUGUUGGCGUGUUGGCAACCGGAUUGUUCAUAGCAUCAAUUUUCAUCUCGUGCGACGAGGAACAGAUCGCCGGUGCGUACCGUGGUCGGAAGUUGAUCAAACCGUUCUGCGCUUCGAACUGCGUGUGCGCCGAGAACGUUCCGUUCACGCCGGUCUGCCCGGUGGACAGCAGGUUCACGUACUUCUCACCGUGCCAUGCCGGUUGCCAGGACCGGGAGGAAAUCAACAGCAUCGUCAUCUACCGGAACUGCUCGUGCGGCGUCGACGUCGAUAUCGUGCUGGAAGCUGGUGGUGACGCCACCGAAGGAGCCUGCGGCGUGGAGGACUGUCAACCGUACUGGAUCAUAUUUCAGGUGCUGACGGUGAUCUUGACGAUGCUGCUUGCCUCCGGCCUGACGGGGAAGGUGAUCAUCAGCCUGCGCUCGGUGCUGACGCAGGACAAAGCGAUGGCACUGGCCGUCGAGUUGACGCUAGUCGGGUUGGUGGUUUACCUACCGGGUACGGCUAUCUAUCAGGUUGUGGCAGCACAAACCUGCCAAUUCUGGUCCUCGGACGAGAGGCAAUGUUUCCUCCAUGAGACACCCACGUUCGGUAACAUUUUGAACAUGAUAACGGCCGCCUUGAUAAUCAUCGGUCUGAUCUUCGAGAUGGUCGUGUUCUAUUUGGUAAAAGAUAUGACGCUUUACGGGGAUGAUCAGUUGGACUCCAUUCGGAGUCCCAUCGAGAUGCGCUUCAUAUCUCCGGCACGGACACAGGCCGAAACGGUGCCUCUGAGUGCAAGGAUGCACGAACCGGGUGAUCGCACCACAACCUCCGACACGGUCGUGCAGUCAGCCACCCUGAUCGCCGACGAGCCCAUCCCAUCGCUGCAGACCAUCCAAAGCACUCAACCGUCCUAUCCGAUACGCUCGGUGUCUCCGCUGGCGUCCUCAUCCGCCCAGUACGCGCAGGUUGUACGCCAACUGCCAAUUCGCGAAGUCUCCAGCGAUCUGGAGGACCAGCUGGACUUCCGAUCGGCCACCAGUUUACCGCGGGGACUGACGGACAGCGACGGUGACAGCGUGUACCAGGUCGGGCAGGCGCAUUCACCACAGCAGCUCGGUCCUAGGGUGGGCCCUGCUAUGAGGGAUUACGCCCGCGACGGACUAUUUUCCCCCAGAGCGCUUUCACCGGAAAGUCCACCGCCGGGAAAUGGGGGUCCAGUAUUUCGAACGAGAAACGUUCCCGGGCGGCCGUUGAGUCCGGAGACGGACUUUUGA